AUGGAUAUAAAUAAGGUACUUAUGAAGGUCAUCUAGGGCACCACAGUUUAGUGCUCAAAGAAAGAAGAAGUUAAUUUGGAUGACCCUUCUUUCUCUAAUAUAGAUCCCCACUUAAAAGUUGAUGAAUCAGAAGAUAAUUUUGAUGAUGAAGGCCCACUUACCCAACCUGGUCCCAAGAAAUUUUCCAGAAAGCCCCCACCAUUCCAUGCCAUUUUUAGAAAUAUUAAGGCUAUUACUAGCAAAGUUGAACACAUUAAGGGUUUUAAGUUCGAAUUUACUACUCCUAUUUCUUAAAGAUUUAUGCUUCAUCACUCUUGGGUUAUUCCUUAUUCCACAAAUGAAGGUAGCAACCCUAAUGAACAAAGUCAAAAGGCUAUGAUGGGUAUGAUGAAGCCUCCUGUUACUUCAAGUUAUACUUUAUCUACCUAAUAUGUUGGUGGUUCUCAACAAGAAUUAAUGACUACAGGACCUAAGUAUCUCCUCUCUGCAAGAUUAGAUUCCAGUGGUAGUUUAGAUGCCUCAUAUCUUAGAUUCUUCAAUAAAAACUGGAAUUUGUAAUUCCACUCCUAAUUCCCCGCUGGUUCUGAUGUCAAGAUGGCUCAAAUCAAUGCUGACCUUAACUAUGAAACCGAUGACAGUAUUACUACCUUCAAAUAUUAAACUGGUGCUGUCGGUUUUGGCCACGUCCAAACUGUAACCAACAAACUCGUUUUUGGUUUUGAAAGUAUUUUUGGUACAUUAUAAAACAUGACUAUGUUCAACUACAGUGGUAGAUACACUGCUAAUAAAACUUCUACUCUUUACUUCAAUUAUAUUGCUCCUUAAGACUAAGCUUGUUUUGCUUACUAACUUUUGGUAAAUAAAAAGUGUAGAUUAGUAAGUGAACUUAAUUACAAGAUUUCUGAAGGUACCACUAACACAGUUAUUGCUUUCAGAUAAAGAUUAUAAGACAGUGAAACAAUUGCUACUGUUAGUUCUAAGGGCAAGAUUUCUACUGCUUUGACAUUAUUUGGUUAGGCAUAUAGCUUAAAGUUGUGUGCUGUUGCUGAUUACUUUAAAGAUUCUUACAAAUUCGGUUAUGGUUUUAGUAUUGGAUAACCCUAAUGA